ACUCCUGUGCCCACAGAUCUGUGCCCUGCUCUUCGCCAGCCUCUACAUCCUCUGCCACUUCAUCAUAACCCACUUCAAGAAGCACACGGAUUUCACAGGAGUUCACGAUGACGAGGAUGCUGCUGUCAACAGGAUUGCGUUGGGGCUCUGUACCUUCACCCUGGCUGUGGCACUGGGUGCCGUCCUCCUCCUGCCCUUCUCCAUCAUCAGCAACGAGGUCCUGCUCUCCUUCCCCCAGAACUACUACAUCCAGUGGCUGAACGGGUCCCUUAUUCAUGGCCUCUGGAAUUUGGUCUUCCUCUUUUCCAAUAUGUCCCUGGUCUUCCUCAUGCCCUUUGCCUACUUUUUCACUGAGUCAGAGGGGUUUGCAGGAUCCAAGAAGGGCAUCAUGGCCAGGGUGUACGAGACGUCGGUGGUGCUGCUGCUGCUGACACUGCUGGUGCUGGGCAUGGUCUGGGUGGCCUCUGCCAUCGUGGGCAACGACGCUGCCAGUCGCCAGUCACUCUAUGAUCUCUGGGAAUAUUAUCUGCCCUACCUCUACUCCUGCAUCUCUCUUUUUGGUGUCCUGCUUCUGCUGUUGUGCACCCCUUUUGGGCUCUCCACCAUGUUCACUGUCACUGGGAAGCUGCUGGUGAAACCUCGGCUCCUGGAAGACCUGGAUGAGCAGCUGAGCUGCACGAGGUUUGAGGAAGCCGCUGUGUCCCACAGGAUCCGCUCUGCAGGCAAAGCUUCCUGCUGGCUGAAUCUGGACAUGGAGAUGCUGCGGGAGCAGUUCUUUGCCAUCCAGAGCAAGAGGCGGAAGCUGGAGCUGCGGCACCGAGCAUCGCCCUGGCAGAGGAACCUGGGCUACCCCCUGGCCAUGCUGGGCCUCCUGGCACUGACUGGCAUCUCUGUGCUCAUUGUCUGCUUCCACGUCCUGGAGCUGCUGCUGGAUGAUGCUGCGAUGCCACGGGGCAUCCAGGAUGCAUCCCUGGGCCAGGUCUCCUUCUCCAUCUUUGGUUCCUUUGGAGCUGCACUGCAGGUUGUCCUCAUUUUCUACCUGAUGGUCUCCUCUGUUGUGGGCUUCUACAGCUCCCCCCUGUUCACUCGCCUGCUGCCAGAGCGGCAGGACACCCCCCUCACCAAGAUCAUCGGGAACUGUGUCUCCCUGCUGGUGCUCAGCUCGGCACUGCCCGUCUUCUCCAGGACACUGGGGAUCACCCGUUUUGACCUCCUGGGGGAUUUUGGCCGAUUCAACUGGUUGGGGAACUUCUACAUUGUCUUCCUGUACAACAUGGGCUUUGCGGGGCUCACCACGCUGUGCCUGGUGAAAAGGGUCUCCUGGGCGGUCCAGGCCGAGCUCAUCCGUGCCUUUGGUCUGCACAAGCUGCCGCUGCCCGUGACGCGCUGCCGGACCCGCAGCAAGCCCUGCUAGGGCUGGGGGACAGGGACGUGUCCCCCCCC